AUGGAUUCGAUGGGGUUGAGCAGGUGGUUGGUGGAUGUAUGUGUAGCGAUGAAGAUAUCUGAGCCUUUUGAAAUUCAGAGUAAGUGUAUACCGUGGAUUUUGGGAGGUGGUAAUUUGUUGGGUUGUGCCCCUACGGGACAAGGUAAGACUGCGGCAUAUGUUUUGCCGUUGUUGGAUAAGUUUGCCUUGGACCCUUCGCCUUGGUUUGGGGUUGUAUUGGCACCGACUCGUGAGUUGGCGACGCAAGUAUGUGAACGGAUUUGUUUGUUUGGCGAACGGUGCGGCGCACGAUGUGUGUGCGCGAUCGGUGGUGAAGAUUUACAGCGUCAAAAAAGCGUGCUGGCAGAGAGCUGCCAUAUACUAGUGGGGACGCCUGGCCGUGUCGCGCAACUUGCUGAAGAUCCCGAUUUACGCCGACGAUUAAAACGUGUCCGGAUCUUCUGCUUAGACGAAUGUGACCAACUAUUCGAACCAGGACUCAAGCCAGACGUACUCAAAAUAACCGCCGCCAUCUCAUCACCUAAAACACAGAUACUCUGCUUCAGCGCCACAAUUAAAAACCAUGCUGACGACAUACACAAACUACUCUCCGCUGGUAGUGGUAGUAGUGGUACCGGUACUAAUGCCGAUGCCGAUACUAAUGCCGAUGCCAGUACUAAUGCCGAUGCCAGUACUAAUGCCGAUGCCGGUACUAAUGCCUAUGCCGGUACUAAUGCCGAUGCCGGUAUUGAUGAUUCGGGUGGCACGUAUAAGAAGGUGGAUCUGACAUGUGGGCUGACUGCUUUGAAGCAUCGCAAGAUUACAUGCGAGGGGGUGGCGGUAUAUCACUUUCUCCAUUAUUUAUUGACGGACGUAAGUAAUGAUCUGUUCUGUACGGAGCGUGGAAUUGUGUUUGCGCACACGAUCGAGGAGUGCGAAAUAUUGCAGCGGACAUUGACGAGUCUGGGUGUGUCAUGUACCUUGUUGCAUUCGCGGCUGCCGCGACGUCAACGCAAUCGGAAUUAUGACGCAUUUAAGGGCGACCACACACGUGUGCUAGUGUGUACGGACCUCUGCGCCCGUGGACUGGAUCUUCCUCACGUCGACUGGGUAGUGAACACCACAGUCCCGCUGAAGUUCGAGGAGUACGUACAUCGCGCUGGACGAUGCGCGCGUGCUGGCCGCCCGGGUGUUGCACUCACCUUCGUCAAACAAGUGCUCUUCAGACAAAUAGAACUCGAUACAAACCUUAACAGAAUUAAAUACAUCAACCAACAACUUGCAGAGCAAGAUGGUGUUGAAAGGUCAGUAGUAUUGGAGUACGAUUUUGAUCAUGCGAAGGGUAUGAUGUAUCCGUCUAAAAUAAAUAAGGCAAUCGCUGAAGCUAAAUUAAGCCUGGAGGAUGAUCCUAUUAUGGAGAAAAUAAGGAAAAGAUCUUCUUCGGGACGCCCGUAUUAA